AUAAAUAAUAAAUGGAACACAUUGGAACAAAAAACUAAGCUCAUACAAAACCAAAAAGAAAACCCCAUCCACCCCUUAAAUCAAAAUCUCAAUCGAAAAAAAAACCGAUGAGUUCAAGCGAUAAUAUGAACGCCAUUGCUGAAUGUACGAAGCAACUGAGGCGCCACGAAGUUGCCAUUGCUGAGCUCAACAACCUUCCCUCUUCCUCCGCUGUGUAUCAGAGAAGUUGCAACUUAUAUUUUCGCACAACCAUCCAGAAAGCAACAACAACGGAACAAAAGCAACUAGAUUCAGUCAAAGCCAAGCUAAGAAAUCUGAAUCCUUCUUCUUCGUAGCCAUGAAGCCUAAUUCUUUCUUGGUAAGUAACACUAACAAUUUCCUGAGCUAUGAGGGAGGACAGUAAUGUAAUUAGACUAUUAGAGGACUAAUGUUCCAACUUGGAAGUUUCUUCUUUUGUCCAAUUGCUAUGUAAAGUGAAAUGCAUUUUACUAGUGAUGUUUGUUCUACACUACAAAAUGAACACUUUAAUUGAAAUUUGUCCCUUAUGAAUUUUGUUUUAUUA